CUACGUCAUCAGCACGCGACUGAAACCCACAUUAGCGGGAAUUUGACGGUUUGUUUUCAGAAAGAAGUUUGCAUUUGAACAAAAUCAUUGAAUAUUUUUGAAUAAAACGUUUAUUUUAAUACUCCGAUACUUUCACUCCACUCUCCAGACACUGAGAGGCAUCGUGUCGCCAUGACGCAGAGAAAGAGGAUGUCCAACACACAGAGCUCCUCUCAGAGUAAGAGAGCCUCGGGUCCCGCUGCGACUCAGGAGGAAGAAGACGACCAGACGUUCACUCAGCCGAGCACCACGCAGGUCCAGAGAGGGCUGGAGAAGCUCACACCGGCUCAGGUCGACCAGAAGACAGCUGAGGUGGUGCAGUUCUUCUUGGUGAAGGAUCAGAAGAAGAUUCCUGUACGCCGAGCAGAUCUUGUGAAACAUGUGGUGAAGGAGUACAGAAACAUCUACCCUGAGAUCAUGAAGAGAGCAGCACGAAUCUUUGACCAGGUAUUCGGCCUUAAAAUGAUUGAAAUUGACGCCAAAAAUCACAUGUACAUACUCAUCAAUAAGCUGGAGACGGUUGAGGGAGCGUCACCGAUCGCCAACCCGACCAACCCAAAGAUGGGUCUGCUGUUUGUCAUCCUGAGUGUUAUCUUUAUGAAAGGAGGAGUUGUCGGAGAAAACCUCAUCUGGAAAACGCUGAAGAACCUCAAAGUCGACGUAGGAGAGAGACACGAGGAGUUUGGUGACGUGAAGAAGGUGGUCACUGACGAGUUUGUGCGUCAAAGGUAAGAAAAUGUUUCACCAGAUCACUCGG